GCCUUGAGUUACAUCUGUCAUGUCUCACAGGAAGGAAAGAAGAGAAAACAUGUUGUUGGUCGUUACCAUUUCUUUCAGUAUUUCUUUGGCAUCAGUCAUUGCUGCUGACUCAUUUUACAUUGCCGCUGUGUACGAGCACAAAAUAAUCCUGAACCCGGACCCAAGUGUGCCUUUGUCCCGCCAUGAUGCUCUGCAGCACAUGAAAAAAAACCUAGAUAUCUACGAGGAGCAGGCAGCCCUGGCAGCCCAGAACGGUGCUCAGAUCCUGGUGUUUCCAGAAGAUGGUAUUCAUGGAUUUAGCUUCACUCGAUCAUCCAUUGCUGGCUACCUGGAAACCAUUCCUGACCCUCAGACAGAAAGCUGGAACCCAUGCACGGAGUCCGAAAGAUACAACAGCACUGAGGUUCUCCAGAGAUUGAGCUGUAUGGCUCGUCAUAACAACAUCUACCUGGUGGCCAACAUGCCCGACCUACAACCCUGUCCAAUGAACACCAGCUCCUCCUCAUCCUGUCCUCCUGAUGGACACUGGCAGUUCAACACAAAUGUUGCUUUCAGGUCAGAUGGCCUUCUAAUUGCACGCUACCACAAACAAAGCCUUUACCGUGAAGAUUCCUUUGACACACCUCCAGAAAUUGAAAUCAUAACAUUUGAUACACCUUUUGCUGGGAAGUUUGGCCUCUUCACCUGCUUUGACAUCCUCUUACAUGAUCCUGCAGUACUGCUGCUGGAGAGGGGUGUGCGUCAGUUGAUCUUUCCAACAGCCUGGUUUAAUGCGCUCCCCCUGCUGGAUUCUGUUCAGUUUCAACACGCGUUCAGUCUGGGUGCCAAUGUCACAUUAUUAGCUGCCAACCUUCGCAUUGACCGAUACAAUGUGAAAGGAAGUGGCAUUUACACCCCUUUUUUUACCACCUACCACCACGCCUGGAAAGGAGAUCCAGAAGAAGGCAGGCUGCUGGUGGCCAGAGUGCCAGUUUUGGAGCCACUGGCGGGAAACCAAAGUACAGCCAAAGAGGAGGAGGCAGGUGGUGUUCAGCCCACAUCAUCAGUAGCUCCCUCCUACCCCACUUUUGUCUCCAAGAUGAACAAAGACCCAUUUACCUUUGUCCUCUUAAAUGAGACAGAGGGCAAUGUUAAAGUGUGCAACGGCACUUUCUGCUGCCACCUGCAGUACAGGUGGUUACUGAAAGACCAUAAAGAGCUCUAUGCACUCGGCACAUUUGCAGGAAACCACAAUAGCGCUAGCAAAUAUGCACUGCAGGUUUGUGCAAUUGUUCGUUGUGCACGGUUGGAUCAAAGCACUUGUGGACAGGUAGUGGAAGAAGCAGAGUCUAAAAUGGACUUCCUGUUGGAGGGGAACUUUGACACCAAAUACGUGUACCCAUCCAUUCUGACAAGUCGAAUGUCCGUGGAGCAGCCCGAGAGUCUGGAGAGAGCUACAAACUGGAGAGUGACCAUGAAGCACUCAAACAUGAAGGGUGGUUUAGUCACUGCUUGCCUGUAUGGACGAAAAUACCAGGAGGACAAAUAGUGAGCUAUGAAGGAAUCACAAAAAUAAAAUUCACUGUUAGUGUAAAGAGCUUAUCCAACCUUCAGUGAUUAUACAUUUGGUUUGUCUAUUAAAAUAAACCAAAAUAUAAGUCUUGAA